AUGGCUAGCAUUACCGUCGUUGACACCGACAGUGCCCUUCAAGAAUUCCUUACUGGAAUAGAGAACUGCAAAGUUAAAGAUGUUCCCCCAUCCUUGUACUUCGAUCUUGAGGGCGUCAGACUUGGUAGAAAUGGCACCAUAUCUAUCAUUUCGGUUUUUAUACAACCGCUCAACCAAGUCUAUCUCAUCGAUGUCUUUACUCUCAGCGAAAAGGCUUUUCUCAUUACCAACGACAAGCAAACAUCUUUGAAAACCAUUUUGGAAGCCCCUUCCAUACCGAAAGUCUUCUUUGACGUCCGAAAUGACUCAGAUGCCAUGUGCAGCCACCAUGGAAUCCGAUUACAAUGCGUCAAGGACCUCCAAGUUAUGGAAUUGGCUGUGCGGUUUGGAUCUCAGAAGUAUGUUGCCGGUCUGACAAAAUGCAUCGAGAACCAUGCCAAUCUCCCGCCGAUAGAACUUCAGAAAUGGAAACAGAUCAAGGCAUCGGUUGGACAGCUCUGGGACCCUAGAAGAGGAGGUAGCUAUCAAGUCUUUAAUCAGAGGCCCAUCCGAACAGAUAUUAUUCAGUACUGUGCUCAGGAUGUGACUAUACUGCCUAGUCUGUGGAAUGUCUAUCAUCAAAAACUGCGUCAGCCGCAGAGUGGAUUUUGGAGAUGCAUGGUGUUCUACAACGUGGAGAAGAGAAUAGCAGAAUCCCAGGGUCCAAGAUACAAUCCUGAGGCAGAGAGCAAGCGAUAUGGAUGGACGAAAGAAUACAUCGAACAGGAGAGAGACAGCUGGAAUGAUGAUAUUAUGGACGGAGCUCUCCAAGGCGAGGCCAUAAUCGACAAGCGUUGGUUGACAUCCGACUACUAUUGA